GUCUCUGACCCAGAUUCAAACCAUGAUUAACCUUGUGGGAACACAGUUCCGGCUAUAUCGCAUAUAGCCGACCAUCUCGAAUAAGGGUGGUUUUCUCAACAUUGUCCUUUUAUCAACACAAGAGACGUCAACAUCGAACUCGAACACCACAAGAAACAAUGGCACCCUCAACAGAUAGCCUGGGCUUCGAGUGCGCCGUCAUCACCGGCGGCGCCGGAGGCAUCGGCAAAGUGAUGGCCCAGCACUUCAUCUCCAAGGGCAAGAAGGUCUUGCUCGCCGGACGGACCGAGUCGAAGCUCCAAGCGACGGCCAAGGAGAUCGGGGCCGCCGGGUAUUACGUCCUCGACACGGGCGAAGUCGAAUCGAUCCCGGGCUUCGUCAAGCGCAUCACGACGGACCACCCGGAACUGGACUGCCUCGUCAACAACGCGGGCGUGCAGCGGCCGCUCGAGGUCCUCAAGGACGACGACUUCCUGUCCAAGGCGGAUCAGGAGAUCAACACUAACAUCCGCGGCCCGAUGCACCUGGCCCUGGGCCUGCUGCCGCACCUGCGGGCCAAAGAGUCGGCCCUCAUCGUCAACGUGUCCAGCGUGCUCGGCUUCGUCCCGUUCUCCAUCAUCAACCCGGUCUACAACGGCACCAAGGCCUGGCUGCACUUCUGGAGCAUGAACCUCCGCACGCAGCUGAGGAACGGCGGAUGCUCGCACGUGCGGGUCGUCGAGAUCGCGCCGCCGACGGUCGCCACGGACCUGCACCGGGAGCGGUCCGACCCCGACGACAACAAGAAGGAGAGCAACCCGGACGCGCUGAGCGUCGAUGAGUUCAUGGAGGAGGUUGGGAAGAAGCUGGAAGACGGAGAGGAGACCAUCGGGCCUGGCAUGGCGGGCGAAGUCGUCGACCGCUGGUACGGUGCUUUUGGAGAGCAGUAUGCCAAGGCGGCCGGCGGCAAGUAGAGAGAUCUGCCGUGGUGAAGUCUAAGUAGAAAACAGAAGAGCCAACUCUUAUUCUUGACCAGAUAAUAAGUAAGACAGCAACGAGCCCCAUGUCUUGAAAGCUCGCCUGGCAGAUGGAAAGCCCCAAAUUAGAAGCCAUCACAAUUUCCAAAGCUGCACGUCCCUCGACCUUCUGUGGGGGUCCGAUCUACUCGGGUUGGAAAAAGUCAAGUCGAACACUGCGCUUGGGAACCCCAGCGUAGCCAAACAACUCAGGAAAUUGUUGUUGGUUCCAUCCAUAACAUCCCUAUAUAAGCAGUUGGCUUAUGGAAAUACGCUUUGAGAUAUGUGCGAGUUGUUCGGACCUACGUGGGCAUCGAUUUGCAUUGACACAAGUUGAUUUCCAUAUUACCGAACUCAAGACUUUCAGUUCUGGUGACCCACGUACGAAUGACUCAUUCUGUUUAUCCUAUUCAGUAUGAAUCCACUCCUCUCCAUCCCACAACAUCGUUCUAGAACAACGA